GGAGACGUGGGCUCAUGGCUUAUAGCCUUCUACGCAUUGUAAGCCUGCCCAAUCGGGUUGCACUUGCAGCCUCAGCCUCAGCCCUCAGCUACUGUCAUCACCACUCGAAACGACAAAGUCUCAAACGUCAACGAAAGUUGAUAUCUUCAUGCUUGUGCAUGUGAGUGUUCGAAGAUUCGGACUCUCCUUCCCACACUUCCUUUAUAUAUCUGGAGCCAGCUGCUUCUACUGCUAUCUCGAAUUCUUUUCACAUAUAUUCUGGUCUUCUCCGGCCUGAACUGAAACCAGAAGAUCAAUUCUAGUCUCUGUUGAGUUCUGUUUUCAUUGUUUAAUUUUAAGCUAUUUCAAUGGAACCUGGAGAUAAUCGUAGAGCCGCAAUAAGCUUACGUAGUUGCACUGCAGUUGGAGGAGAUGGCCAAGAUCUCAGAUGGUCUUCUUCUGAGAGACUCCCAACUAAUAAUCCAGUCGGUGAAGGAAUACUGAGUGGGGUUGUACUUGCAGAGGAUUACAAGGAAACCCAACUUCGCAGUCUUGAGUCUCAACAGAAGAAGGAUUUCUUGGACAAAUUGAUUAAGGUUGCUGCGAAGGAUAAUGAGAGGUUAUUGCUUAAGUUGAAGAACCGACUUGAGAGAGUUGGACUUGAUAUACCAACAGUUGAAGUACGAUUUGAACAUCUGAAUGUCGAGGCAGAAGUCUAUGUGGGUAAAAGAGCUUUACCCACACUCCCCAACUUCUUCUUUAAUGUGCUAGAGGGUUUACUGAACUCUCUCCAUGUUCUUCCCAGUAGAAAGAGACCACUCUCUAUCCUUCACGAUGCCAAUGGAAUUAUCAAGCCUGGCAGAAUGACUCUGCUUUUAGGGCCCCCAGGUUCUGGAAAGACCACAAUACUGUUAGCUUUGGCAGGAAAGCUUGAUACAGAUCUAAAGGUUUCUGGGUCAGUAACAUACAACGGCCAUGAAAUGCAUGAGUUUGUCCCUCAGAGAACCUCUGCUUAUAUCAGUCAGUAUGAUCUCCACAUUGGCGAAAUGACUGUAAGAGAAACCCUCGCCUUUUCAGCAAAAUGUCAGGGUGUCAGUUCUGUUUAUGACGUUUUCAUGGAGCUUUUGAAACGAGAGAAGGAGGCUAAUAUUAAGCCAGAUCCUGAUAUUGAUGUAUUAUUGAAAGCAGCUUUGUUGGAAAGGGAGAAAGGAAGUUUAAUUACAGAUUACAUUCUCAAGAUUUUAGGUCUGGAUGUUUGUGCUGAUAUCAUGGUAGGAAACGAAAUGACAAGAGGCAUUUCUGGAGGGCAGAGGAAGCGUGUUACCACAGGUGAAUUGCUUGUGGGACCUUCAAAAGUCUUCUUCAUGGACAACAUAUCCACUGGUCUGGACAGUUGCACAACUUUUCAGAUUGUAAACUCAAUCAGGCAAUUUGUUCAUGUUCUCAACAGGACUGCUGUCAUCUCUCUCCUCCAGCCCUCCCCAGAGACUUAUAAUCUCUUCGACGAUGUUCUUCUUAUAUCAGAGGGACAGAUUGUGUACCAUGGCCCUCGUGAAUCUGUGCUUGAAUUUUUUGAGUCUAUGGGUUUCAAAUGUCCCCAGAGGAAAAGCGUUGCAGAUUACUUACAAGAAGUCACAUCAAGAAAGGAUCAGGAGCAGUACUGGGUGAACAAAGAAAAGCCAUAUAGUUACAUUUCCAUCAAGGAAUUUUCCGAGGCGUUUCAGACAUUUCAUGUUGGACGCAAACUAGGGCGUGAACUCUCCACCCCAUUUGACAGGUUGAAGAGCCAUCCUUCAGCUCUAUCAAACUCCAAAUAUGGAAUUGAAAAGAAGGAACUUCUCAAGGCUUGCGUUUCAAGAGAACUUCUACUGAUGAAGAGGAACUCAUUUGUGUAUACUUUUAAAGUUGUUCAGAUUGUAAUGGUUGCUGUAAUCACAAUGUGUGUCUUCCCUCAUGGAAAGAUGAACCAUCAAGUAGAAAAUGGAUGGAUUCACCUAGGUGCUCUCCAUUUUGGACUCACUACAAUUUUGUUCAAUGGAUUCUUUGAGCUUCCAAUGACCAUAAUUAAGCUUCCCAUCUUCUACAAGCACAGAGACCUGCUUUUCUAUCCCUCAUGGGCAUACUCACUACCUACAUAUCUCCUCAAGAUUCCAAUUUCAGCUUUGGAAGCUGCUUUAUGGGUUGCAAUUACGUACCAUGCAAUGGGAUUUGACCCAAAUUCAGGGAGGGUGUUCAAACAAUAUCUUCUACUCUUGAUGACUAGCUACAUGUCUUGUGGGCUUUUCCAGUCCAUUGCUGCAUUGAGCAGAAAUAUGAUUAUCGCAAACACAUCUGGUGGUUUCCUGGUGCUUUUGCUUAUUGUGCUUGGUGGAUUUCCCUUGUCACGACAGGCACUAAAUAAAUGUUGGAAUUGGGCUUAUUGGGCCUCUCCUAUAAUGUAUGCACAGAAUGCAAUUGCAACAAAUGAGUUCCUUGGGGAGAGAUGGAAACAUGUUCUUUCUGGAUCAGUGGAGGCGUUAGGUGUCUCAGUAUUGAGGAAUAAUGGGUUGUUUACUAAUCCAAAUUGGUAUUGGAUCGGUGUGGGUGCAUUGAUUGGCUACAUAUGCUUCUUCACUGGGCUUUAUACUGUGUCUCUUUCUUAUCUUAAUCAACCUAAGAAAGCUCAAGCAGUCUUAUCUGAAGAAGCUUUGAAGGAGAAGCAUGCUAACAGAACUGGUGAGACUGAGGAUGAACAACUAGAGAAAGAAGUAAGAAUCAAUAGUCAUGGGGAAUCAAACAAGACAGAAAUGGGGUCAUUGACAUGCAAGCAUGGGAGGACAGAAGUUGUACCUGUUGAUAAUCAGCGGAAUAAGGGAAUGCUUCUCCCAUUUCCAUCUCUUUCCAUCACCUUUGAAAAUAUAACAUAUUCCAUAGACAUGCCACAGGAAAUGAAAGGUCGGGGUGUAUUAAGGAAUCACCUAGUUAUUCUAAAUGGUGUAAGUGGAGCUUUCAGGCCAGGAAUCCUUACAGCAGUAAUGGGUGUCAGCGGUGCUGGUAAGACCACUCUGAUGGAUGUAUUGGCUGGAAGGAAAACUACUGGAUAUAUAGAAGGAAAAAUUACCAUAUCAGGCUACCCAAAGAAGCAGGAAACAUUUGCCCGAGUAUCUGGUUACUGUGAACAGAAUGACAUUCACUCUCCUUAUGUCACAGUCUAUGAAUCACUUCUCUACUCAGCAUGGCUUCGGUUACCUUCUGAAGUUGAUUCUCAAAUGAGAAAGUUGUUCAUUGAGGCUGUCAUGGAACUCGUGGAGCUGACACCACUGCGUGAAGCAUUGGUUGGGUUACCUAAUCUAAAUGGACUCAUGAUUGAUCAGCGGAAGAGGUUAACCAUAGCAGUUGAGCUUGUAGCAAACCCUUCAAUUAUAUUUAUGGAUGAGCCAACUUCUGGGCUUGAUGCCAGGGCAGCAGCAAUUGUUAUGAGAACUGUAAAGAACACUGCAGAAACUGGAAGAACAGUAGUGUGCACAAUUCACCAGCCAAGCAUUGAUAUAUUUGAAUCUUUUGAUGAGCUCUUUCUAUUGAACCAAGGAGAAGAAAUAUAUGUUGGCCCAUUGGGGCGUCAUUCUUUUGAUAUGAUCAAGUACUUUGAGGGAAUCAAUGGCGUAAGUUCAAUAAAAGAUGACUAUAAUCCUGCAACAUGGAUGUUGGAGGUGACUACCGGAGCACAAGAAGAGGUCCUAGGCAUUAACUUUGCCAAUAUAUAUAAGAACUCAGAUCUAUAUCGGAGAAACAAAACUUUGAUCAGGGAGCUGAAUUCAAAUCCUUCUAGUUUACAAGAUUAUCACUUCCAUACACAUUAUGCACAGUCCUUCCUCAAACAAUGCAUGGCUUGCCUAUGGAGACAACACUUGUCAUACUGGCGCAAUCCAUCAUAUACUGCUACACGAUUUCUCUUCACAACUGUAAUAGCCCUCAUGUCUGGGAUAACCUUCUGGGAUCUUGGCUCAAAAAGGAGUAGGCACAAGGAUCUCUUUAAUGCAAUAGCUUCCAUGUAUAUCGGGAUUCUCUUCAUAGGGACACAAAAUGCUUCAUCUGUGCAGCCUGUAGUAGCAGUUGAGAGAGCAGUAUUCUACAGAGAAAGGGCUACGGGAAUGUACUCAGCUUUGCCUUAUGCGUUUGCACAGGUUGCUGUUGAGAUGCCAUACGUCUUCAUUCAGACUCUAAUAUAUGGGCUUAUAGUGUAUUCCAUGAUUGGAUUUGAAUGGACAUUGACAAAGUUUGUCCAAUAUAUGUUCUUCAUGUUCUUCACAUUUCUUUACUUCACAUUUUAUGGAAUGAUGGCAGUAGCCAUGACCCCAAAUCAAAACAUUGCCGCUGUACUAUCCACAUCAUUUUAUUCAGUGUGGAGUCUCUUUUCAGGCUUUCUAGUACCCUUGACGAGGCUUCCAAUGUGGUUGAGAUGGUAUGCUUGGGUGUGCCCAGUUGCAUGGACUUUGUAUGGACUAGUUGCUUCACAGUAUGGAGAUGUACAGUCUGUGCUCGACUCCGGUGGGACUGUGGCUGAAUUUGUGAAGGAUUAUUUUGGGUUCAGACAUGACUACUUGUGGGUUGUUUCUAUUAUGAUGAUUGGGUUUAAUGUGGUUUUUGUGUUUGUUUUUGCAUUUUCUAUAAAAGCCUUUAAAUUUGAGAAAAGAUAAAAAGAUUGGUGCUGACUGAUUGGGUGCUUCCCUAUUGUAUUUAGACUCCAAAGGAGAAACCACAUAAGAAAUUGCAGAUCAAAUUUAGUUUAGUUUGCAGAUCAUACUCAGUAACUAUUCUUACCCAUUAUCUUUCA